AUGGCGACUGCUGCCUGCGGUCCGCACCGCGGCACAGGCAAUAACACGAAACCACACAAAGAACACCUGCGAAAAAGUAAAGACUCACGUCGGAGACAGGCAGCUCUGUUGUUUCUUAACAACAUCUCUUUAGACGGACGGCCGGUAUUCAGUUUUAGCAAUGGACUCCCUGGCCCUAGAGAAGACGAGCACCGAAGUCUGGACAAGGGACCUCAACUCGUUAUCCCUCCGCUGUCUACAACGAGUAGCUACGGAACCUUCACCCAGCUGUCACCUUGUGUGAGCGGAGGCGCCUCGACUCCUUUACUUAGGACUAACACAUACCCCCCUAAUUUAGCCCUAACGACCGUCGGAGGGUUUAACGCUGUUGGGAGUAGCGAGAUUUGCCCAGAGGGUGGAAGAGUAGAUCCUUUGUCGUCCCAAGGAUCCCCUCUGUCGCCGACUCCUGGACCCCAAAACAUUAAUUUACUUGCCAAUAAAUCUUCUACCAUUCUCUCCGUUCAGAGUUCCAAUUCAGUGCUACCGGAACCUCGUCAAAGAUCACGCAACCUCUCUGGGUCUCCAAGGACAUCAAAAAAGGUCCACUUCAUUAAGAACAUGAGGCAGUACGACACAGGUGGAAGUAGGAUUGUGUUCAUCUGUGCCAAGCGGUCUCUUUGUGCAGCUUUCUCUGUUCUGCCUUAUGGAGAGAGCUUUCACAUCAGCGACUCUAAGAUAGAUGCUCAAAGACAAAGACAUUCAUCUGGAUCUGGAGGGGGUGUCGACAUGAUCCCAGGCCUGGAGGGAGUGGAGCUGGGAGCUUUUGGAAAAACCGUAUCGUACGCCCAGUUCCUCCUUCCCACCAACGCUUUAGUGAGGCAGAAGAGCUGUGGCCAGCCGGACACCAAUGCGGCACAGACCCCUAUGUCUCGUAACCGUAACAGCGGACAGAGGAACUACACUCCAGCACGUCUCAAUAACCCUCUCGCACAGGACAUGGGUGGGGAUGAUGUGUCGGACUAUGACCCUAAUUUACUCAGUGACCCCCAGUGGCCCUGUGGUAAACACAAGAGAGUAUUGAUCUUCGCCUCAUAUGUGACUACAGUGAUUGAGUAUGUCAAACCAUCUGACCUGAAGAAGGACAUGAACGAGACUUUCAGGGAGAAGUUUCCUCAUAUUAAACUCACCCUCAGCAAGAUCAGAAGCUUGAAACGGGAGAUGCGUGCAGUCAGUGAGGAGUGUGGACUACAGCCGGUUACUAUAGCAAUGGCCUACGUGUACUUUGAGAAGCUGGUUCUUCAGGGUCGACUGAACAAGCACAACCGCAAACUUGUGUCUGCUGCCUGCGUUUUACUCGCUGCCAAGAUCAGCAGUGAUCUGAAGAAACAGGAGGUCAAGCAGCUUAUUGACAAGCUGGAGGAGCGUUUCCGGAUAAAUCGACGGGAGCUAAUACCCUUAGAGUUCACCGUUCUGGUCGCCUUGGAGAUGGCACUGUACCUCCCAGACAGCAAGGUCAUGCCACACUAUCGCAGGCUGGUGCAGCAAGUCUAGACCAAGAGAGCACUCAAGUACUGCUCCAAGACAAGACAUGCUGUUGUCAGUACUUUGUGGAAUAUUGUUUUAGCUGUGUCAGCCCUUCUUCUGUUUUUAUUAUGAGUGCAUAAGCACAAUUCUUCUGUCUUCCAU